AUCAACGAAGAGAUCUCCGUCAAACACCUUCCUCCCACUGAACCAGAUCCUCACGUUGUGCGUAUUGGCUGGUCACUGGAUUCAUGUAGCACUCAGUUAGGUGAAGAGGCUUUCUCCUAUGGCUACGGAGGCACCGCAAAGAAAUCCACCAGUUCCAAGUUUGAAAAUUACGGUGAGACCUUUUCCGAGAACGACGUCAUCACUUGUCUCGUGGACUUCGAGUGUGGCGACGAUGUUGAAAUGUCCUUCAUGAAGAAUGGGAAGUGGCUAGGGGUGGCCUAUCAAGUACGGAAGGAGAAUUUGGGAGGGCAGGCCCUGUUCCCUCAUGUCCUGGCGAAGAACUGUGCCAUCGAGUUCAACUUCGGCCAAAGGGAAGACACCUUCUUUCCGGUUCCACCGGGAUUCACCUUCAUACAGCAUCUCCCGCUGUCCGAGAGAGUUCGGGGCACAAUUGGACCAAAGAACAAAAGGGAAUGUGAAAUCUUGAUGAUGGUGGGGUUGCCUGCCGCUGGGAAGACUACGUGGGCCAUUAAGCAUGCCGCAGCCAAUCCAGCCAAGAAGUAUAAUAUUUUGGGAACAAACGCCAUUAUGGACAAAAUGAGGGUAAGCGUUGGAGGCAGAGAACACCGGUUUCUCCCCGUCUGCUUCCUCAUUCGUGGUCGCUUCCUUCCAAGUCAAACUGAGAACAGCUCACUGUCUCUUUCAACAGAAAACCUAACCCCAACUAAUGGGAGCAAGGCUGCCCAAGAUUUUAACCAAGGCUCUGAAAAACCGGGGGACUUGGAUGCUGAAAGUGGCACCCCUAACGGAGAGGAGACCUCCAACGGCAAACGGUCACCUUCUUACAAUAAUGGGAAUUUUAAGUCCUCUGGUUCAAACGUGGUCCUUGAUAGUCCCAUGGAAGAGGAGGACUCUGCUCUGCUUGCCAUGUUUCACACCGUGGCUAACAGCCGCUUAGCGGUCCAGAGCCAACAGAAGGACGAACCAGAUUUUACACCAGCCCAGAAACUGGGGAUUUUACGGAAUUUAUACCACACCAAGCCUCUGGUCUUCCUGGAGCGCUUCCGAACGGUCCUGCGCGAAGAACAUUUGCCCUGUUUCCACCAUCUCUCUGGCAAUUAUGAGGCAGAUUUUUACUGCGCCGAGAUCCGCAAAGCAAAUCUGGGCAAAACCCUGCACACGAGGGUGAAGAACAAGCGCUACGCAGCUUUGCAACAACUCAUCAGAGGGUUUUCCCAUUCAGGCUUCAACCGAGGCGGCUACAACCAGAACCGCUGGGGGAGUGGGAACCGAGACAACAAUAACAACACCCGAGGCAGCUACAAUCAGAACAACCAACAGCAGAGCAGCUACAGCCCGGCACGUGACCAGAAUCCUUACAAGAGCAGCAGCAUUGCUCCUGCUCCCCCUCCUCCAGCCAUGGGCACUGCCACCAACCCCCCACCGGUGUCGUACAAUCAAGGAGCACAGCAAAGCUACAGCCAACCCUACAGCCCGCCUUCCAGCUACAGCCAGGGGGCCUACACUGCUCCCAGCUACAACUACGGAAGUUACGGCAGUUACAGCCAAAGUUACACCCAGCCUCCUCCUCCUCCUCCGCCAGCCCCAACCCCACCAGCCUACAGUCAGCCCAACUACAGCCAGUACCAACAGUACACCCAACAAUGGAAUCAAUACUAUCAAAACCAGGGUCAGUGGCCUCAGUACUACGGCAACUACGACUACGGGAGCUACACGGGCACCUCGCAGGGAGGCUCAAGCACACAGUGAUAGCUCGGGAGGGUGUUGUUCUGCCACCCCAGGGAAAAAGGAACAGCACAUCCUUCACAGUGACGGGCAUUUCUGAAUCUUGAGAGAGAGAGCGAGAGAGAGAGAUCCAGAAGAGGGAAGUUGGGCGUUUCCACCCACUUCCCCUCUCUAAGAGUUCUUGAGGAUGGUUGGGUUUUUACUUGUACAGCUAGGCAUGUUAUGUCCUUUCUACCAUCCUUCAUGAGGAAAGUUACAUGGUUCCUUGUCUCUCCUUGUUGAAGAUCAUUUAGCUCCCCCCCCCUUCUUUUUCUUCUUUUUAAGAUUUGUUUUAUUCCGUAAGAAGCUAGGGUCUUCUUCAGUGUUCAUAAAAUUGUACUUUUUUAAAAAUCCUUUUAGACCAGGACCCAUCCAGGUAUCUAAACUUCCUACAGAAGUUGGGCGGGGGGGGGCAGCAUUGGAAGGGGCUCAAGUAGGAUUUACCGCUAUUCUCUCCAGGGGUGUCUGCAGGGGGUGGUCCAGUUAAGAGAAGAGAGUAGUCACAGUGUGCAUUUAAAAAAAAAAAAGGAUAUGGGUCAUGUGGCUAUCCUGUUUGUGGACCGCAUCCUGCAGACUCCCUCCCAAAUUCUCCCCUUUCCACUCCGCCUCCACCCUAUCUGCUGGUGACUAUAAAUUCCACACCUUUGGGAAACUUCUUGCAGUUUGGUGUCACCUGUCUUUGAGGUGUUUUUUUUAUCUGUUUCUUUUCUCUUUUGCAAAGAACCAUUAAAACCGUAGGGGAGGAGAAAUGGCUAUCUUACAGUAAUUAUGAUUUUGUUUUUUGUUUUUUUUCAAAGAAAUAUUUUUUCCCCUGUAGCUUUUUACUGUGGGUCAGUAGCUGUUAAUAUUUUCAUCAAGAUAACAAUUCUGUUAGUUCAGUACAGGAGAGGAUUUUUUUUUUUAAAAAAAGGGGGAGAGAAUCAUCUUAAAUGUGUAACUUUUUAUACGACGUUUCAGUUUCUGUAACUCUGAACAUGCUUUGUGUUGAGUUGAAUUGUAACAGCUUUUUGUAUUUGGAGAAAAAAAGAAUGAAUAUUGAACUUUAAACUUG